CACCAGUUUGCCUUUUCAAGUCUUCCUUGUCACGCUCAUUGGCAUCAAGCUCAAGGCCCCCAAUAGUCAAUCUCAGCAUCCCAUAUUACUGGUAGUCAUGCGCCUGUCGCAAGUAAACAAGAUUCUGCUCGGGUCGUGUAUAGUGGUCGUUCCGCUAUCUUUCUACGGCGGCCUUGCGAUCAAGGAGUAUUACCUGUCUAAUGAACUGGAGCAGACCAACGCUACUAGAUCAGCGCCCCAUGAGCGAGCUAUGAGGGCUCGCAUUGUGCAACUCGAAGCCGAGAGGAAAGAGCUCUUGAAAGAAGGCCAAAAUCUGGAUACAAAAAUACUAGACAUCAAGAAGCGCAUGGCUGAGCAGGUGUAGCCGAAGCGAAGGACGAUAUCAUUCUUCACUUAGGCAAGAGGAGGUCCAAGCGACGAUACUAUGUUGUUGUAUAUUACUUAGUCAUGUUUUGGCCAUCACAGCCAUCAUCAUCCUCACGCAUUUCCGGCAGCUGGCCAGAAAGAAAUACCAUUUCGCCGACCACGCAGACAUAUUGAGUAAUGCUACACAUGCCAUGCAGCGUAUGAGUAUGUCAGAAUUGAUAUGAAGUAUGCAGAGCGCACAGAUUGCUACUUUAUGGCGACCAUGGCUGC